GUCACCGGCCCCCAUGCGUCAUCUGUGGGCGGUGCGGUGCUGUACGCGUGACCGGUUUGUGGCGCUGCUGGUCAUGGCGACUCGGCGAGCUCUGCACUUCGUGUUCAAAGUGGGAAACCGCUUCGAGACGGCGCGUUUCUAUCGUGAUGUCCUGGGGAUGAAGAUUCUGCGGCAUGAGGAAUUUGAAGAAGGCUGCAAAGCUACCUGUAAUGGGCCUUAUGAUGGGAAAUGGAGUAAAACAAUGGUGGGAUUUGGACCUGAGGAUGAUCAUUUUGUUGCAGAACUGACUUACAAUUAUGGCGUUGGAGAUUAUAAGCUUGGCAAUGAUUUCAUGGGAAUCACACUCGCUUCUAGCCAGGCUGUCAGCAAUGCCAGGAAGCUGGAGUGGCCACUCAGUGAAGUUGCAGAAGGUGUUUUUGAAACUGCGGCCCCAGGAGGAUAUAAGUUCUAUUUGCAGAAUCGCAGUCCACUUCAGUCAGAUCCUGUAUUAAAAGUAACUCUAGCAGUAUCUGAUCUUCAGAAGUCCUUGAACUACUGGUCUAAUCUACUGGGAAUGAAAAUUUAUGAAAAAGAUGAAGAGAAGCAAAAGGCUUUGCUGGGCUAUGCUGAUAACCAGUGUAAGCUGGAGCUACAGGGCAUCCAGGGUGCAGUUGAUCAUGCAGCAGCUUUUGGAAGAAUUGCCUUUUCUUGCCCCCAAAAAGAGUUGCCUGACUUAGAAGACUUGAUGAAAAGGGAGAACCAAAAGAUUCUGACUCCCCUGGUGAGUCUGGAUACCCCAGGGAAAGCCACAGUACAAGUGGUCAUUUUGGCUGACCCUGAUGGACAUGAAAUCUGCUUUGUGGGGGAUGAAGCAUUUCGAGAACUUUCUAAGAUGGAUCCAGCGGGAAGCAAAUUGUUGAAUGAUGCAAUGGCGGCAGAUAAAAGUGAUGAAUGGUUUGCUAAACAAAAUAAACCAAAGGCUUCAGGUUAACAGAAGACAUCAUGUGGAGUGAGCAUUUCUGAUUCCUGCCCAGCCCCUGUGCGGCCUGCUGUGUCCAUCGUGAUAAAUGCUCUCACAACUUGGUUCCUAUGUACAGACAAGGAGGCUGCGGUGAAGAUUUAUAUAUUUUAAUCUUUGAAAGCUCUGAUAUAUUUUAGAUGUAAAAAUCCUAUUAUUAGUCCAGUUGGAGGAGAACUCUUGCUAUGUCACUGGAAUGGUGCAUUCUGUGUGUAACUGUGUAAUCUAAUUCAUUUAUUAGAUUAGUAAUAAAUUAUUUUCCAAGCUAGGGCAACUAUAUGGACCAUUACCUUUGGUCAGGGAUGAAGGGAAUUUUGAUAAGCAUGUAAAUUUUAUGAGAACAACUGUUCAAAUAAAUCCUAAUCAGUUGCUUAUAACAGGAAUAUUUCCAGCACCUAAUGACAAUAUGCUGUGGUAAUGUCUUACUCUAGCAGGCCUUGACAUUUAAAAAUUUUUAAAGAAAUUUUGUUCCUUGAACUAAAAGAUUUAGUUAACGCCCCUACAUUCCUUGCUUGAAAA